GGCCCUGUGCUCAGUUGACUGAUGCUUCAUAACAUAUUCUUGUUGAGCACCGAAAAGCUACUUAACUCUUUACACUGAGGAUGCGUCUUAGUCGUUUGGGCCAUCUUUUGACGGUGCCCAUCAAACGACCGCCUGUGUCCAAUGGUCAAGCUUUGAGCAAGGAUUGUGUAAGUGGAGUUGGGUCUGGCUAUGCCGGCCAGAUGCAGCAGGUGCGUCGCCAUGCGCCCAUAUGCGGACCGCCCCGCUACCCCUUAUCGACGGCCAAAAAGUUUUUGCUCGGCUGGGUGCCGCUCCUUCUGAUGAUGGUCAUACCAACCUGGGCGCUCUUCCGAAUCCCACGCUGGUCGGCGAUGCACAACAAUCGCCCCUAUGGCGACGAGGAGGAAAUGGAGGAAUAAGAGCAAUCUGUACAUCAUACAUCACACAUCACACACCAUACGCCCAAACACCCUUAUAACAUGCUUCAAACGGUGACUUCACACUCUGAAACUUGCAAGGCCAGCCAAUUAAUUGUUAAUUUGU